AUGGCAUCCCAGCAGGCUGUUCCUAUCGAAACUAUACUAGCUGCUAUCUAUCAACUAGGAGCUACACUAUCAGCAGCUGCAAAUACCCCGUCGCCAUCGAUUUCAUCCAGUACAUCAUCAAUUCUACUCAGUACACCAUCAAUUCUACCCAGUACACCAUCGAUUCCAACCGGUAGAUCAUCGAUUUCAACCAGCGCACCAUCGGUUCCGGGUAUACAGGCACCGCCACAGCUCAAUACACGCUUUGCGGCUCUCUCUGGUACUACAAGCCAGGCCCGAAAUGCUUAUACUGGGCGCCUACCACUAGUGGUUAAGCCUCCGGUUGAUGAGGAUAUUGUAUUCAAUGUGACCUACUACCUAAAAGUAGUGGAUUAUGAUAUUCACCCAAUCAAGGAUGCCCAUACCACGAUAUACGUAUCAUCCUCUCAGCAAUGGAGCUCCCUACAUGUCUUCUUAUCCGAUCUACAUCGCCGACUACAAGGUUUACGCAGCGCUGAUUACUCGGCGGAUAUCGAGGAUACUCCCUUACUCGCUCGGGACGUAUUUCCGACUAGUAAGACUGGGCCAUUAACAGCGCGCUGGCUCGAACCUACUAGUUUUACUAGUGAUGGUGACCCUACAGUGUUGACUAUCCAGCAACUUUGUCGAGUAGCGAGCAAGGAGAAGGGCAUGCCCAUCUUCCAUGUCAUUAUACAACGAUCACAGCAGGGGGAAGGUAGGCUAACGUACAGGCCGCUAUCAGUUGAAUCUGAAGACGCAGCUACAUACAUGGAACGCGUGGCAGAGGAACGCCUAGCUAGGGAACGCUUAGCUACCAUCAUGGAUGGCACAGCUUCCAUCGUGGAUGGCCCAGCUUCCAUCGUGGAUGGCCCAGCUUCCAUCGUGGCAGAGCCUACACAGCGCAGGGCUAGCCAGAAUGCAUCAAAGAAGGGAAGACCUCGUAAUUCUCCUCCGCCAGCUAUAGUGCAAAGGAACCUGCGUCGGCGACGUCGAAAAUGA